AUGGACCUCGACCUAAGCAACAAUACUCCUAUGAGUGCCGCAUCACCAGAUCGAUAUUACGACACACGAGAACGUAGCGUUCUUCUCGAGGACCCGGAUGUGCGAAUGGCUGCUGAAGCGCUGGGCGAUCUGAAAGCUGGUGAUGAUCACUCCAUCAAUUCACCACAACCAUACCAUACCCCGUUGCCAGUGGGCUCUCCGGCGAUCUCAAUUACUUCGAACCCGCAAGCGAGCUCGCAAACAUCCGCCGAAGAGCCCCUCCUAUCGCUUUUGACGACAUCUCAUCCUAUGAUCGCCAACACCAUCAAGAAUACCGCCGGACUCUACAACAAUGGCAAGACCUUCUCUCCUCGAUUCAAGACCAGCGCCGAAUACGUUGAAGGAUACAUGACGCCAAUCACAAACGUCGCUGGGAACAUUAGUCGGAAGACGGGUAUCGAGACUGGUGUUCGUUGGUGGCUGGGGGCGAAUCGGCGACACCAAUCCACAGACUUGGAAGCCGCUGAUGGAGGGUCUCACAAGAGACGCAAGGUCGAUGCUGGAGGCGACUUGGCUAGGCACUUGGCCGAUUCGCAAACGAACGUCAUGCCUGACAUCGACUCUCCACGAGACCCCUACGUGUUCAAGCAUGACCGCCGACUCUCCAGAGCGAGCACCAUCGACACGCUGCCCGCGUACGACGACUACCGCUCACCCGCUUACACCGAAGACGAGAAGGCUGAGAGGCCCAACAGUUCUAACACUGCAUGGCAAUCUCGACUCAUCAUGUCUACGUCUGGUCUCAGUAUAGCCAUGAGUGAAGAAAGUCUUCGGAGCCUAAAGUACUGCCUGAGCUGGUUGCGGUGGGCUAACGGCCAUCUUGGUGGUGUCAUCAACAAUCUCAAGACGGUUCUCGAGCAGUAUGAGAAAGCUGGUCGAUCUGAGAGCCAGGGUGAGAACGGCGACGGCGACCACGCCAUGACCGACAGUGAUACCGAGGCAGCGGAGUAUCAAAAGCGUGCCCAGUUGGCGGGCCAGAUCAGUGGCCUCAAGGGUGAUAUCUUGAAGACCUUGAAGAACUGCAUUGAGACCGUCUCCAAGUAUGCCGGUGGUGCUCUCCCCGAGAACGCGCGUCUCCUGGUCCAUCGCCAUUUGACCACGCUCCCGCAACGCUUCCGCUACGCCAGCGCCCUUGAAAAGCAACAGGGCGAUAAGACUGGCGCCGAGGCACAAGAGGAGGCGAUGCGUGAAGGUGCCCAUCGUGUCCUGGUUCUCGCCAAGGAGGGUCUCGACAUGAUGUUCCAGGUUAGUGGUGUCCUUGAUGGCACCAUUGUCAGUGCUGAGGAAUGGUGCGAACGCCUGGGCAAGAAGAAGAGGGAGCAGCCCGAAACCGAUUCUCCUCAACCUCAACCUUUCAAGGGCGACGUCAAGUCCGCCCCCGUUUAA